AGACAACGGGGCAUCGAUGCAGUGGAUGAGGCCGCCAUGAACAGGGUCAAAGAGAAACUGAAGUCUGCCGAACAGAAGCGCAAGGUCUUCAAACAGCAGCAGUGCAUCUUCAUGACUGCACUCGAGCGGUCGCGCGACCAAGCCCAAGAUAAGACCAAGCCAGUUUGUUCUGUAGCACAGGUCCAGUGGUACAUGGAGGAUCACUGCAGCAACACUACAGACCGCCGCAUUUUAUCCCUCUUCCUGGAAAUCAUGGAGGACCUGAUGGAGGUUCUGGACAUCCUGGAGGGCCUGGGUUUCACUGGCAGUCUGAUGGAGAACUGCCGGAUCCUCCUCUGCCCAACCACUGACAUCAGUAACUUGCGGGCACAAUUCCCGCACGACGAGGUGAACAGGCUGAGCUGCGUCGAGGCCCGGAAUUACUACGGGGGCGUGGUCAGCCUCAUCCCGGUGGCCGUUGACCUCCUGCGCGAGACCGCCCGCACCAGCGCCGGCCCCCAGAAGGAACCGGAGAAGGCCGAGGUCCCGAAGCCCCAGCCCACGGAGACCGUACCCCAGCAGGCUAUGGACAGCUACAUGGAGGAUCAGUCGGCCUCGCAGAACGGACAGAGUCAGACGAAGAAGCCGUAUAAGGAGACGGGGGGCUGGAACGCAGGCAAACCGUCCUGGAAGCCUCCUGGCCGCCCCAAGGUUUGAGGUGUCCAGCUAAAUUUUUAAAGAGAUGCACGUUU